AUGCCCGGAAACAGCUGGUAUGCAUACGGAAACGAGCUUCUCGACGAAAUGGUGGUGCGGUAUGCCGCCGGGCACCCGAAGACUCGACGUUCUCGCUCGCGUACAGCGCGUGGGGAGAGACCGAUGGGCGCCCGCAUGGGCAGCGUCAACCACCUGCGCGAAGAUGGGUGUCAUGCCGAUUUCGACGGCUGCGGAGUGGAUCAUUUCUCGCCUGGUCGACAGCGGACCCGAGGCGAGUCGUAUCGUCGUGACCAGUCGACUCGGCGGUCUCGACACCUGGGCGCCGGCAGCACCGGCUCUGCCGGCGGUGUCGCGCCACAUCGACCAAGUGGUGACAUUCGAGCCGCAGGUAGAACUGGUGACCCGGACGACGUUGUCCACCUCGGCGGAUCCCUUUGUCCUCGAUCAUGUCUGGAAGGAUCGGCGCUACUUCCGACGGUGUUCGGGCUCGAGGCGAUGUCGCAGGCGGCGGCGUAUGUCACCGGACGCGUGACCCUGGGUCGCGUCCGCAUCGACGACAUCAAACUGAUCGAC